CACAAAACAGAAAGUGCAACGGUCGCCCGCCGCCGCCAACACCGCGAAUCCCUCCUGCACUGCCACCAACAACACCACCUUGCUCGUUGGACGCACACAUCCUCGCACAUGGCGGGCAAGGGGGACGAGCAUCCGAUGCUCAUGCUGCAUCACCAGUCCCUGCCACCACUGGACACGGGCAUUGCACGCUCAACGAGCGCACACCAAGCAACAAGCAGAAAAUCAUCCCCUCUGCUCGCGCAAGCACCCUCCACAACAGCGACAACAAGUUCCACGAACCAGACUCAACAACAUCAACAUCAACAACACAACCAGUCACAGCACCAGUCGCAGAACCAGUCGCAGCAGCAGCAGCAACCAAUGUUCCUGUCCUCCUUCAUGGAUUCCGGCGUUCGAACCAUGCUUGGGGACGCAAACUCGCUCAUGAUGGACCUGGACAUAAUUCGCGCCAAAGAAGAAGAGCUGAGGCGGAGACUUGAUGAUUGUCGACUUGAGGAGCAAACAGCAAGCACGACGCUGCAUGAGCCCACCACCCACGCAUCGAGGACUUCCGCACCAGCGUCAGCGUUUGCAUCGGCACCAGUAGCUACAGCGACGCACACACGCCCAACCGCGCCGCCGCCUGAACCACACCACUACGACCACCCCCAGCAACAGCAUCCGCAACAAACGGCAGAACAACAACAACAACAGCAGCAGCAGCAGCAGCAACAACAACAACAACAACAACAACAACAACAACAACAGCACCAGCACCAGCACCAGCAACAACACCCAACAGCGUUUCAGGUGGCGUGGGCAAGCGUGCCAUCCUCUGCACACCUCGCACCCCCGAGCCACGCCACGGCGCCAACUCAGCCGUUCAGCCUCCACCAGCGCUCGCCAGCACAACACACCUCUGCAAACAGCAGCAGCGGCGACCCAUGGGCAGCCAAGCCCCGACACGACGCUUCCGCGUUCACAACAUCAUCGCCUGGGCUGGGCCACGGUCGCGGCCACGGCACCAUGCUGUCUGAGGAGCAUUCCUCAACAAACCUGCUCAACGUCUCCCCACCGCCAUCUCGGCUGUACCACAUGUCCUCGUCCAUGCUCAGCGCAACCACACUGGACGAGCUUAAACGCAUUCACAAGGAGGAGAUGGCACAGCUGAAGGUACACUAUGAGCACGAGCUCAAGGCGCUCAACACGGCCGUCAACCAACUCCAACACCAGCUGAAGGAGACGGCGCUCGAGCGAGAGGCCGAGAUGGAGAGAAUCCGCGCAGCCGCCGACCGCACACAGCACGCCAUGAAGCAAAAAUACGAGGAAAUGCUGCUGCAACAGCGAAGCGAGCACCUGAAGCAGAAGGAGGAAGACCAGCGCCGGCUGAACGAGGCGUCGCAGCGCCACAUCAAGCAGCUGGAGCAGGACUUUCAGAACAACCAACAGACGCUUGCGCUGGUGGUGCGGGAGCUUGAGGACCACAUCCGACACCAAGACCAGCAACUGCAAGUGAAGGAGUCGCAGCUGGCGAAGAAAUCCAUUGAAGUGGAGAGCUUGCAAGCACAGGUGACGGCGCUGCGGCAACAGACGCUGGACCUGCAGGAGAGCGUCGACAAGUUGCGGCGGGAAAACUCGCAGCUCAACACGAGCGGGCGCGAUGCGCAGACGCUUCAACAGCAGCUGCUCGACCUCCAGCACAAACACGACGCUCUCAAGACGGCGCACCACGAAGAGCAGUCGCGUGCAGAUGCACUGCAGGAGCAGCUUGAGGCUGCAACCCGCGACCACACCCGCGAGACACACCUGCUGCGAGAGAACCACGAGACGGAGCGGGGUGCGCUGGAGGCUGAGGUUUCGCGACUGCAGCAGCAAGCGGCAAAGCUGCACAAGGAGACACAGCGCCUUGACGCAGAACACACCCACCUCCUCCAAGACCACCAGCAAGACAUCGCAACCAUGGAGGAGCGAAGGAAGGAAGCGCUGGCACAGCAGCGGCAGAAACUCGCGCGUGCACACGAGCACGAACGAACUCGCUUGAAAGCAAAGAUCACAGCAGCAGAGAAACGCGCAACAGAGGCCGAGGAGGCGCUGUCACGCAUGGCGGCCGAGCGGAAUCGGCAGGUGGAGACGCUUCGCUCGCAGUCUGCCGUCGAGAACCAGAACCUCAAGACAAAACUGCAGGCAGAGUUUGAUCGCCAGCUCGAGAAAAUCCACAGGGAACACGUCGAACGCACGCAGAAGUUCAAGGAAGAGGUGCUGACGGCGCGGCGUGCGCUGCAAGGACUGCAGCAGCGAUUUGAGCAGGAGCGACAGUCCCACGCGCAGACGCUCGCGUCCGUCGGCAACCAGCACGAUGAUGAGCUGCAGGAGUUGCGCGCGGAGCUGAAGACGAGUCGACAGCGCGCGCAGCAGGAGGUGUCAAGUCUGCAGCAGCGGUUGCGGGAACUGGAUGCGCUUCGCCGGCAGCAGUUGAUGGAGCUGGCGGCUGCGCGGGACGAGGAGGUGUCGCAGAUGCAGACGGACCACAGGCGGGAGCUGGACCAGGCCGAGCAGCGCGCCCUUCGCCUCAGCGAACAGCUCCGAUCGGACAUGACCAUGGAGGUGCAGCAGCACCGCGACACGCUCGUGCGAGAUGCCGAGGACCAAGUGCGGCGCGUGGAAGACCGCUGGCGAUCCGAAUACGAAAAGGUGACGGCACAGCUGCAGCAGGCCGUUGCGCAGCUCCAAACACAACAAACAACCUUCUCAAAAGAUAGACAAGCAUUGGUUGACCGCCAUCACAAGGAAAUGCAUGAGCUUCGCACGGCAUACAAUAAAGAUGUGGAGGCGUAUCGCCAGCAACUUGCCCAGGAGCGGCAGCACAUCCACGUCGCUAGAGACACCAUCCGCAAACUCAAGUUUGAGUUUGAGCGGCGCCUCGCAAACGCUCAACUGCAGCAGCAAGAUGCGCUGGAGGGAUAUUUGCCGCGAGAUGUGAAAGAACAGUACGAGAAGACCAUCACCGCCCUGCAACAGCAGAUUCAACUGCUGCAAGAGCGGCUGUCUCUGAACCCAGACGUUUCCACCAGCUUGAACCACACACACGCAUCGUAGCCACAUCGCUGUCUCUUAUUAUUUGCAACGGCCACACGGCCAGCUGUCCUCUCUUCUUUGCCGCUCGUCGUUGUGGGCCAAUGUGUCGCCAUCAUCGUAUUUAUGCCCAUACACAUACACACGCACAUACGCACACAUGUUGUUGAGUUCCCUGUCUUGCACCCUGUUCAUAUCCCCUGCAUGUGUGGACAGCUGCUAUCACGA